UUAUAAACAAAAUAAAAAUAACAAAAAAAAUUGUCUAGUUGCACAUCUCGCAGCUACAUUGGUGAAGUACAUACAAAAUUCACACAUACUAAAAUUAACAGUUUAACGGAACGGGAACUUACAGAACUAUUAACGUAGAGUUAGUUAUCAAAAGGAGCUGCAAAUGAAUUCUCCUGUUCGCGACACUGAAAUAUAUAUUACACAACAUAUAAAUCAAAUAAAGACAUAUCGAAGAAUUGCAGCAUCUUAAAAUUGGCAGCGUGCAGUCUAUAAAUAGUUUGUAAACAAAUUGAGAAAGAGGAAAAACGCGCGAUCAUGCAAAUAGCGGCCAGGCAUUGACACUGACCCACUGUUUGAUUUGAAAUUGUUGGCUGUCACCGGCUGACUCAAAUAAUUGUUGAACAAUUGCCAUCAAAAACCAAUCAAUUAAUCAAUCAAGAACCGCGUGCAGCUGCCUUGACCAUGGCGAACCGACAAAUGCCACCAGCUCCAGAGAAUCAUCUGCGUCUGUCCUGGCAUGAUACCCAGAUGAUGGCCUCCCUCAGUCCACAGACCGUAAUGGACUACUUUUGCCGCAAGAGCAAUCCCUUCUAUGACCACUUGUGCAACAAUGAGACCAUUCGGAUGCAGCGCUUGGGAGUUGAGCACUUGCAUAACAUGAUGGGACUCGAAUAUAUACUACUUCAUGUCGCCGAGCCGAUUCUAUACGUCAUACGGAAACAGCAUCGACACAAUCCCUCGGAAGCGACGCCAAUUGCCGAUUACUAUAUCAUUGGAGGAACUGUAUACAAAGCGCCUGAUCUGGGGAAUGUAAUAAACGCGCGUAUUCUCAACACGGUUGUAAAUCUACAGUCUGCAUUUGAGGAAACCAGCAGUUAUGCCCGCUAUCAUCCAAACAAAGGAUACACGUGGGAUUUCUCGUCCAACAAAGUUUUGUCGGACAAAUCAAAGUCUGAUAAAAAGGAUGCGAAUGCUGGAAAGGAUGACAACAGUGGGACACUGUUCCAAAAACAAAGAGUCGAUAUGCUGCUGGCUGAGUUACUAAGAAAAUUUCCACCGCCCAUACCGCCAAUGCUUCAAAAUCUGCAACAACCUCUGCAGCCUGGACAGUUGCCAACCACAACGGGUCCGGAUGGUGCGGCAACCAAUUCGGCAGAGAAUCAUGCCACUGGGCCGCUGGAUAUUGCAACGGAAAGCAUUGAUAUGAAGCCGCCGCCUGAGAAAAAGUCAAAGUGAUUGGCUUUACAGUUUAAUCGUAUAUUUGAUUUGGACUGGUGGUUAUAAGAAUAAGCAUUAAAUUCAACACAACUUA